GAAUAUAAAAGCAAACACAACUAUAUUCACAUCAUAUUUUAAGUGCACCAACUCAUAAUAUAGAGGAGUCACCCAAUCAUCUAACUUGUAAUACCCAAUCAUCGAUACUCAACUUUAUAUGUUUUUAUAUGCUUUUAAGCAAAAAAAAUACAAGAAAUUGUCAUUAGUAAGAUAACCUCACUCUGAAUUUCAUUUUUCUAUAGGUAUCGACACAGCGAAAUUUUUCCUGCCUUGGCAUAGAUGGAUGUUGUUACAGUACGAAAAUCUGAUUCGUCAAGUCGAUUGCAAACUGACAGUACCGUAUUGGGACUGGUCACUGGUUUCAGCUGAGCCGUUUAACAAUGAAUUCUGGAACGAUACUUUGUACAGUUUUGGCGGGAACGGCGCAGGAGAUCCUCCUUGCGUGAAUACAGGUCAGUUGGUCGAAAUUAGGUUAGUGCAUGCAUUUCAUUCAUGGACCCGGAAAACGUUUGAGCGGCCGAUAUACAAAAGGUCUCAUUCAAUCUUCAAACAAUAAAUAGAUUUACGAGUAGACACAUCGAAAACUGUUCAUUGUACAAGCAUGCAAUAAUAAACCAAAUCUCAACUGUCAAUUUCAUAUUAAACUAAUAUUAAUAAUAUUUCAACAUUAAUAUGAUAACCAAAUUUCUUUUUAGCAGUGAAAAUGAAGCAAUCUGAUUGGUUGAGGAGCCUUUCAGAGCGGACCAGUUUUUUGCAUCCGGCCCGCUCUGAAACGCAAAUGCACGCUGUGAAAUGCAACUGUCCGCUCUGGUUUUCGCGUCAAAAGUGAAACUAUUUUAAACUAAAAAUCUGCCCAAAAUUUUGAAAAACGUAGCCUAAUGAUAGUCCAAUACGAAAAUGAAUUCUUACGAAAGCCUUAGGACAUACUAAGCACGAUGUACACCAGAAUUGACAUUAUUUUGGAAACGCCUCGCCUUUCGGCUCGGACCGUUUUCAAGACCUCCGGCACAGUUUUUCUCAUCCGGACCUCGCAACCGGUAAAUAACACAUAUAUAUUAUACUGAAGCAAGCAGGUCUGCAAGUUUCCCGAUAUUUUAAGUAUAAUCUGCCAGACAAAACACUGUGUUUAAGCAAACCCACCUAUAAAUUGUAAUAGUACGUUUUUAUCUAAUUUACAGGACCAUUUAGCGCCAAUUCGGGCUGGAAAUUACCCCAAAGUGCUGGAGGAAAGUGUCUACAUAGAGUAUUUCUCACUGGAUUUCCCGGAGUAGUUCCAGACGUUGUCGCAGUUGCAAGGGUUUUAGCUAAAGAAGCAUCCGAAUUUACAAAUUUCGAACUGAUGAUUCGAGCGAAUUUGAAUAAUAUUAUAUUUUUUGCGGUCGGCGGUACGAUGCUUUCCAUCGACAACGCGAUGGCUCCCGAAUUCGUUCCUACACACGCUUUCACAGAUAGGAUUUGGGCACAGUGGCAAGAGAAGAGCACCGAGCAUCUUCUCCCGCCGUUUUUCCUCACGCAAAAUGACACAAUUCCGGGUACAAAUUUACGGCCGAGAGAGGUACUAAGAAAUGAUAGAUUACCCGGUGAUGUUCGAGUCAAGUAUGCGGCGCCUGACCUCGGGAACUGGACACGAAUUAUACAAGCUCUGAAUGAAAUCGCAGGUGGGUUAUGUAAUCACGGAUAGGCUAAAUUUGUAAUCGUACGUUUGAUUCUGGACCAAAUAAAUUACCAUUAAUAUUUAUACGUCUGUUGAGAAAGCACACCUUAAAAUGAUAUAAAUAUGUUAUGGCAUAUCUUGAGGUGUGUUCAUGAAACACAAUCUAGCUAAGAUGUGUUCCUUACCCUCAAUUAACUGGUUGGUGGAACAGUGGUACGUUGUUGAGCAUAUUGCGGUUUCUAAAACAAAGUCGCCAGUAACAAAUUAGCUCCCAAUUUGAUUGUAUACACUUUGGUAUAUAAAAGGGUGUGAAUUAAACAAGUCACGUAUUAUCAGCACUGACGAAGAUCCGGGCUUACGGAUCAAAAGCUUGGCAGUAAUAAAUGGUAAUACAUUUGCGUGGUAUUUCCACAAACAAAAAGUAUUAUAUCUGGUUUCUCUUGUAAUUAACACUAUAGUCAGACUAAUCAGGGGUUACCUUUGCUGGAACUAUAGGAAUAGACAUAAAAGGAGUAUGAAUUAAAGUUUCUUUAGUUUGGUUUUCAUCUAUAGUAAAAACUGGACCAACAAAACCUCUAAGACCACCUCUGUACAAUUUAAAAUAGUUUAGAACACAGGAUUUUGUAAAGACUGCAUUUUCCGGACAAAGGCUUUUAAAGACCUGUCAGAAUAUUUUAAAUACGUUUCAAAGACCUUUGACAGCAAUUGCGAUUGUUAGCGCGUUAUUUUUUACUUAGUAAUUGAUCCAAUAAUUUCACAUACUGAAAUGUUUCGACCUUUGUGAAAAUCGGGCUGCAUGCAAUUGAUUACUAGCUAGGGAAUUAUUACUUUAAAUUAUUAGGUGGAGAAUCGUAAAUAUAAAAAACAGAGGCGUAUCCACGGGGGUCUAUAUAAUCCCUCCCCCCACACUUCUCCUCAGAGCCAAUUUCGCAAUUCUUUCAAAACUAAGAAGAAACCUGGGGGUGUAACCUCUUAGUGUUUUCAUUUAUAACCUAAAAUACACCAAAUCUGUAUGGCUUUGAGAUUAUCAUGAAACGUGUCUAAGAUGCAUGAAAUUAUAGCGUUUCGCAGCCAUAAAUAUGGACAAUUUUCUGGGAGACCAUGCCUCCAGACGGUCGAAUGAUUAGACACCACAUUAUUAAAGAUGAUUUUUGGUAAUAAAGACUUUCUUGGCUUUUUUGUACAAUUCAAAGACGUUUCAAAGAUUUUAAACAUCAAAUUUAAAGAAUUUUAUUAACAGCUAUUCAGAAUGUAGUUUUUAAAAGGAUAGUUGUUACGGGAGGAAAAACAGUUUAAAACUGAUAUGGCUAUCAAUUAUAGAAACAAGUAGUUUAGAUAUAUUACACUUUGCUUCUAACUACAGGAUCAAUAAUGGAUUACCCUUACUGGACCACAUGCAACAUUGAACAGUUGAAGUAUGUGAGAGCUAUUCAGUAUCUUAAGCACAUUUAUAUAUGCUUAUAUUCUUACCUUUUUCGAUUUUCAGAAACGAAUCCAAAUGAAUUGAACAAGCUUCCACGAAUGGAAUCAGCCAAAUUGAACGCGACCAUGUUCGGCGUUGGUGAAGAGGAGGGGCAACGAGCGACAGAAAUGCAGAAAGAGCUGACAACUGAAGUCAAGGUUGAUCCUUCACAGCUCACUGGAAUGGAAAAAAUGAUGGGAGUGAAGGUGAAAGACAUUACUGAACUUAUGCAGAAAACUAACACUACCAGAUGAGAUUGUAUACUUAAAGAUAUACAACUAAUUGUUUGUUUUGUGGUCAUUCGGCAUUUGUCAAAUAUAUUGAGACUUUUGGCAAAUAUGACAAAUAUAUUGAUAUUUCUUCAUUGGAAGUGCUGACGUAUGGUAUUUCUGCACGCGUUAGUUUGUUUUCACAAAGUGAACGCGCGAAUGUCAUAGCAAAUGAGCGAGUGACUUUGUGAAAAUAAAGGUACGAAAGUACGAAAAUACAAUACAAAAGCACUUCCCAUUAGCAAAUUUGUUUAUACUAUGGGUACUGAGUAUUUCUUCCAUUUAAGUAAUCGAUAUCAGAACAAUCAUCACCUAUGAUAUGUUUAUCUUUGCCUUUCGAAAAAUAGCCAUAUAUAUUGCAGAGAACAAUUUACAAUUACACAAAUUCAUAAUUCAUAAAAUAGCCAUAUAUAUGUACUUUACAAUAAAAUAACUUAUUUAACAUAAUGUAUGCAUGCACAACCUUUUGUGGAAAAGAUGCAUUUUAUUAUAACAACAUUAAAUAAAAAUCGACAUCAAGCGACAAAAUAGAGUUUAUAAUCAGUUCCAGGCGAAAUAAACGAGGUCAGACAAAGGGCGGUAAAUUUU